AUGCAAGACAUUGAAAUAUUUGUUAGGAACAAGACUAUAAAAUAUUGUUUAGAAUUUAUUGACUUAUUUAAGGAAUUGUAAUCAAAUGAUCAAAUCAGAUUUUUCGAAGAAGUCUCCAAAAGAUUGGAAGAAAAAGGAGAAAUUGGAGAAAUAUCAGCCUAGUUGAUUCUCUUACUUUUAGCCACAGAUGCAAAAAAUAGAGAUUAGGAAAUUGCAGAUAAAUUGUUAGAAUUAACUAUUGAGACUAAUAAUUAUAAAAUAGACUACGAUCGUAUAUAAAGUUUAAUUGAUAAAUUGUCUGACAACAAUAAGAUCAUUGAUAAAUAGGGCAUUUUGCAUUCUUUUAUAUUGAGACUAAUUCAACUUUCGAAUAGUUGUAUUGAUGUUAAGGAAACUAAGUAAUAAAUUAACCAAAUAGAAAACGUGUUAAAACUGAUAUAAAUCAUAAUUAAUUAAAAGAACUAGGCUUAAUAAUAAACCUUCAUUAAAUAAAUUGAUAAUAUAAUGCAAAUUACAUCCUAUUUUUUGAAUAAAUAGGAAGAAUUUCUCGAUACUCCUUUUGUCAAUAUUCUAAAUGGAUUGUUUAAGAUUUUAGUCUUUUGUCUUGAAGAUCUCAAUUCUACUGGUAGAAGAAAUUAUGAUAAAAUUCCUUUUUAGUUAACUAAGAAGUUAACUAAUUAACUUGAUUACUUAAUUAUUUUUAUAGAAAAGAUAAUAUAUAAAAUUCAUCCGAAAACACCUUUUGUUAAAACAAUUUUUACUCUUUCAACGUUAUUGGAUUUGAGGUAUACAAAAAAAUAUGAGAAUAUUUAUUCAAAAUUUGAAAUAGUAAUGAAAUUAAUUUUAGUAAAAGCUGAAGAGAAUCCUGUAAGCUUUUAAUUUGGUUUAAUUGGAUUUUGUUAAAUAUUUGAAUAUUUUGAAUAUUUUAUCACGAAAACUACUAAAGAUAUAGAAUCCUUCUUAGAGUCAAUGUAGACCUUAUACAAUAGUUUGCUUGAAUUUUCUAAAGAAAAGGCUGCUUAGGAGGAGAUUAUUUUCACCUUAUCUAAGAUGUGGGAGAAACUGCCUUAAUUAAUGUUUGAAAGCAGUGAAUUUUUGAAAGAAAACUUAAAAGAAAAUACAUUUUAAGAACCUAUCAUAAUUGCAAUCUAUUAAAUUUUUUAUGAAUCAAUUUUAGAGGCAAAUAGCUAAGCACAGAAAUAAUAAUUUAGUCAAAUAGUCGAUAAAAGCUAGCUGGCAUUUAUGAUUAAGGACAUAUUUAACGUAGUAUUCUAGUAGCAUAUUUUACAUCCAAACAAAAACAUAAGGGUCUUAGUUUUAAAAUUGAUAGAAUUGCUAUUUGAUAAUUAACUCUCUAUUGCCCUUUAAUUUGGAGAUUAUUUGAUAGUAGCAUUAAUGAAUGAUGCUGACAUCGCUGAACCUAUCUUGAAAAAGUGUAUUGAAGUUAGACCUGAACAUAUGUUAUUACAAUUUCCAAAGGGAAUUAAACUGAUGAUACAGAAUUACGCUUCACUUAAACCCUAUUUUACAGGUUUGGACAAUUUGUUAAAGAAUUAUACAAUUUCUAAUAAUUAAGUGUUAUGUCAUUCAAUUUACUAUGAUGUAUGUGCUCAAAAGUUUAGUGACUUUUUGUUAUAUUUGGAUGAAUCAUAUUUUUUGAAUAAGAUUGAUAGCAGAACAUACUUUAAUCAAGCUCAAUUUAUUUUAUAUUAAAUAAUACACUUAUAAUACUUAUCAAAGCAAGAGAUUAAACUAAUUUUAAAGGCUUUGCUGAACAGAUUUGAUGAUUUCUUAAGUAGAAUAGAGAAAAAGCUGUAACAAUUGAGCGUUGAAAAAGAUUAUCAGAUUAUCAAAGCUAUACUUCUAAAACUAUUUUAUGCAUAUUAACUUGUAGUUAAACCAGAAUAGAUUUUUGGUGAGAGUAGUCGGACUUUGAGAUAGAUUUAUCAAAUGAAAGUAAUUAAACGAAAAUCCUAGAAAAGGUUAAGUAAGAAAAUAGAAAAAGAGAUCCUAUGUUUUGAAAUAUGUCCUCAACAUAUAAAUAAAUUUAAUUAAUAUGUGAAUUCAAGUGAGAUGAAUCUCUAAAUUCAGGAUAGUGAUCUAUCAGAUAGUGAGUAAGACAAAAGGUAGAGUGUUGGCAAGGAGAAUAAGUACAAAUAAGAAUUGGAACUGAUUGAUGAAUUGUUAGAUUUUGAAUUAGGAGACUCACAAAGUAUGUUUAAGUUGUUUGAUGAAUUGGGUAUCUUUGAGGAGGUAGAGGAACGAGCUGAAACUAAGUUAUAGGAAGAGGUAGUUGAAGAACCCGAGGAAGAGGCAUAAUAGCCAAAAAAGUCAAGGAGAAAGACUACAAAAAGAAGACCUAGAAAAUAUUGA